AUGAAAUUGACCCAUAUUGAAGCCCUUGAACUCCUAGAUAAUAUGUGUGAAGUGAUAGAACAUGAAGAUAAUAUGUCUGAAAUUGGCAACGACUUUCUCAUUCCAGCAGUUUUCGGAGCUACCGCGCUAGGAAUGUUUGAGUUUAUUGACCGUGUAUUGCAAGCAAGACCAAAUCUCGUGUGGGCGUAUCGGGAUUACAAUUGCGCGCUACAUGUGGCAGGGACGCUUUCACCAUUCGCAAGGCUCGAUAAUAUCUCAGGUGCAGCUUUGAAAAUGCAGAGAGAACUACAAUGGUUCAAGGAGGUCGAGAAUAUUGUAGUACCCUUGGUUAAAGAAUCUUUAAAUAAGGAGCAUAAGAUGCCACGUGAGAUGUUUACCAAGAAUCACAACCAAUUGGCGAAGGAAGGAGAAAGAUGGAUGAAAGAAACUGCAUCUUCAUGUACAGUUGUAGGUGCUCUCAUUAUUACCAUCAUGUUUGCUGCAGCAUUCACAAUUCCCGGUGGAAACAAUGGACAAACAGGCUUCCCAAUAUUCCUGCAUAAAAAGUUGUUUAUGGCUUUUAUAGUUUCAGAUGCUAUAUCCCUCUUUUCUUCCACAACUUCGGUGUUGAUGUUUUUGGGAAUCCUUACAUCACGUUAUGCGGAAGAUGAUUUCCUCAAAUCCUUACCAACAAAGAUGAUAAUAGGUCUUUCCACCUUAUUCAUCUCUAUUGCCACCAUGAUGGUUGCCUUUUCUUCCGCCCUUUUCAUUAUGAUCCAUGAACAAUUGUGGAUUGUUAUUCCAAUGAUUGUCGUUGCUAGUGUUCCAGUCACCUUAUUUAUUUGGAUGCAAUUUCCUCUUCUAGUUGAGAUGUACAUUUCUACUUAUGGACGAGGAAUAUUUGACAGGAAAGUGAAAUCAAGGGCAUAA